AGCUGCCACCGCCCCCUCAGCGCCCCGCCGCGGGGAGGAGCCGCGAGGCGGCCCCGGUCGGCCCGGCCCCUUCCGGCGGCUCGGCGGCGAUGGCGGUGCCGGUGCCGGCGGAGGCGGGGGGCGGCCGGCAGCGGGCCCUGGCCGCCGGUUCGCCCGUGGACUACAUGAGCAUCACCAGCUUCCCCCGGCUGCCCGAGGAGGAGGCGGGCGGCGCGGCCGAGGGCGGCCUCCGCGCCCGGAAGGAGGAGGACGCGUUCCUGGGCGAGCAGGACACGGACCCGGACUCCUUCCUGAAGUCCGCGCGUCUCCAGCGCCUGCCCUCGUCCUCAUCAGAGAUGGGCAGCCAGGACGUGUCCCCUCUCCGGGAGACCAGCAAGGACCCUUUCUCUGGAGACUGCAGCUGCCGGCAGGAUGGGCUGACUGUCAUCAUCACCGCCUGCCUGACCUUUGCCACGGGGGUCACGGUGGCCCUCAUCAUGCAGAUCUAUUUUGGGGACCCUCAGAUCUUCCACCGCGGCGCCGUGGUCACAGAUGCUGCCCGCUGCACGGCCCUGGGCAUAGAGGUGCUCAACAAGCAGGGCUCCUCAGUAGACGCGGCCAUCGCCUCGGCCCUCUGCGCAGGAAUUGUCAACCCCCACACGUCGGGGAUUGGCGGGGGUGGGGUGAUGCUGGUCCACGACAUCCGGAAGAACAGGAGCUGGGUGAUCGACUUCCGCGAGGUGGCUCCCCUGGGCAUCCCGCUGGAGGGGGACCUGCAGAAGGACACCAAGCCAGGUCUGCUCGUGGGGGUGCCAGGCAUGAUAAAAGGAAUGCACCAGGCGCACCAGUUGCACGGGAGACUCCCAUGGUCCGAGCUGCUGGGCCUCGCGGCCGGUGUCGCCCAGGAUGGGUUUAAUGUCACCCACGAUUUGGCUGAAGCCGUAAGUGAAGUGAAGGACCUGAACUACUCCGACAAAUUUCGGGAGAUCUUCCUGCCGGACGGCCAGCCCCUGCUGCCUGGCAUGUUGGUCAGGCGCCUGGACCUCGCGGCCGUCCUGGAGCUGGUGGGUGCAGAAGGGGCGUCAGCUUUCUACAGCGGGAACGUGACCCAGGAGAUAAUCUCCGAGGUCCACAACUACGGAGGAGUCUUGGUGGAGGAAGACUUCAGCAAUUACAGUGUCACGGUGGAGAAUCCUGUCCACACGGUCUAUCGAGGUCACCUUGUUUUCAGUCCCCCAGCUCCACAUGCAGGUCCCGCUCUGAUGACGGCGCUGAACAUCCUUGAGGGCUUUAACAUCACAAGUCAAGUAUCCAGGGGGAAUGUCUUGCACUGGAUGGCAGAGACGUUAAAAAUAGCCCUGAGUCUGGCUAGCAACCUGGGAGACCCAUCUGAUGAUGUGUCCGUCACUCACACUGCAGAAGGCAUGGUGAGUAAAUCAGAAGCUAAUUCCCUGCGCCAGCUGAUUAAUGACUCCCAGUCCUUCUCGUCCGACCUCCGCAUGCCUCACUUCUCCACGGAGAGCGGACCCGCUGCAAGCCAGGUCCUUGUCAUGGGACCUGAUGACUUCAUUGUUGCGGUCGUGAGUUCUCUAAAUCGUCCCUUUGGCAGUGGCAUAAUAACACCCUCUGGAAUCCUCCUGAACAGCCAGAUGUUGGACUUCUCCUGGCAAAACAAAACAAUGAACUACUCCAUUCCCAGGCCGCAAAAUCUCAUUCAGCCUCGGAAGCGGCCCCUGUCUUUCCUGUUGCCCACCAUUGUGAGACCGGCCGAGGGGAUGUGCGGGACGUACCUGUGUCUGGGAGCCAACAACGGGGACAGAGCCCUGAGCAGCAUCGUUCAGGUUUUGGUAAAUGUUUUAACCUUUAACAAGAAUCUGAGUGAAAGUUUGUCACUUGGUCGACUUCACCCACAGCUUCAGUCCAACACCUUGCAGGUUGACAGUGAGUUUCCUGAAGAAGAUAUUGAAUUUCUUGUAGCCAGGGGCCAUCAAGUGGAUAAAGUCAAAGUGGUCUCCCUAGUUCACGGGGCCAGGAGGACCAACAGUUUCAUCAUCGGCCUGAAGGACCCCAGGAGCGUGGAUGCUGCCGGAGCCACGAUAUUGUAGCACCUCCCAGAACAAGGCUUAGACAAAUCACCCCCAGUGACGUGCAUGUUCUGAAACGGCCCUUUCUCCCCCCAUCCCAGGGCGGGAGCCCCGCGCACACACUGCUGAGAAGCCUUUCUGCGUCCCCCAGCCAGGCCCACCCCGCAGGGGGUUAGCAGCACCAACGUGCAGCGCUCUCGCUUAUUUAUUUUUUGUUUCUCUUUUAUUUUUGAAUUAGUUGAAUCGCCCGGUCCCUGUUCCAGGAAUGCAGAGAGCACACUUCCCUUUUGGCAGAGUCUUGCUAAUAAUUUCAGUCUUUUCAAAAGCCCCAUGCUAGCCGGCAUCUUCAAUUUUAGCGAGCAGGAACGUUAGCAAAGGAAAAAGAAAAACCAAACAGCUGAUGAUGUCAUCUUCAUCGCCCCGUCUACCCCACGUUCAUGCUUCAACUCUUGUAGAAGCCAAAAAUUAAUGCAGCCUAAUGUAGUGUUUGCAGAUGCCUGUAGCUGGAAUAGCGGGGAGUCCUUUCCUACCCGGUACGGGCCAGCUGGUUUUUACUGGCGCACAGCCCCCCGAGCUGGUUCCUUUUCUCACAUCGCUACGGACCUUGAAUUUCGGGACUACAUAUGUUGAAUCGAGUCGCUGAUUUUUGUAUCCGGAGCAACGGUUUUCAGCUUCUGACAACACACACACACACAAACACACACACACCCCCACACACCCCGCAACAGUUUUCUUACAGAGGUUCAGCCUCCUCCGUGGUGAAUUUCAGCUUAGUGGUAACGGGCUUAAUUUUCUUAGAUACUUUUCGAAGAUACCUUCGCAGCACUCCACAGACUUAUAAAAAUCUACAGACUUGUAAAAAUUCACAGACCGCGGCCGGAAAACCACACGGAGAGUGUUUAGGGAGGUUCAGGGCUUUCCUUACACUGCCUUAUCUCAGUCUGCUCCAAAAGCCUGAAUCGCAUAAUCCCUACGGAGAGGUUUGGGAUUUGGGGCUUACUAAAUUCACACCUGCACUUCACCUUCGUAUUUUGAUGCUCGUGGCUCUACUGGAAAAGCUGAAGAGAGUGAGAGAAAAGGUACAAAACAACCCCAACGCUACGGAGAUAAUUCUCUGUUCGCAGAACGUAGUGCAAAAUAUAAGAAUACUUCUGCCUUUCUUGUCCGAAAUAGAGCGAAGAGAUAAUACCGCAUCUGACAGCUACACUACAUUGUUCAACCCGUAUUUAAACAUUUCCUUCUCUUUUUACUAGCGAGUUAGACAGACACCUGCCAGUAAAAAAUCCUGGAUAUUGAUAAUUUUCCGUGGUCUAAAGUUUGGUGAUUUCCUUCAUGGUGCAAAUGCAUCUAUGGCCACUGUACAUAUUAUAUAUGUGUGUCUGCUUAUGGUUGUCUUGGUCUGUCCCUUGAUGAUUACACCGGUCACCCCCCAGCCUUCCUCCCGAGGGGCCCCGUGACACCCGUCUGGUGUAACGCACCUUCUAACGCUCCUUGCCAUUCGACACGGGGAGCGCGCGGGCGGUUUUUUGGGGGCGGUCGGGGCGCCGCGGCGGAUCGUCGGGCUGAGUCGUUCUGGCCGCCUGCCAGCGGAGGAUCUCAAAGCACCUUACGCCAAGCCUCGCACGUUCGCGCCCAGGAAGGGCAGGGAAUGCUUUCGCGCUCCGCUGAAGCGCGGCCACCCGUGAGAAGAGCAGGGCAGGUCCCUCGCGGAGGGGAGCAUGGUCGGCAGUUUCUGCUACAAAUGCGUCAGCGGCCUCAGCUGAGAGACGGGGGGGAAGUACCACGUCGUCGUCGGGAAGUUGUCUUCUGUGCCACCACACUGCCCGUCGGGCAAGAAGGGACCCUCUUCACCAUAGGGACGUCAAAUCUUAUUUGCUUCUUUUUCUGUCGUCAGCACUCGAGUUGGUCGCUGCCCGCAGUCAGAGCGUUCAUAAAACUUUACGUGUCUUGGAGCAGAGCUCUUCAGGUUUCCCAGGAAGGGAAAGAUGCAGUUUUGUGGUUGAAUGUCACUGGUGGAAAUCUGGGGGUUUCUGGUACAGCACAGCAGCGAUCUGUCCCUCGGGCACAAAGGUUUACUGAGCACAGCUGCCAAAUAAGCGUCAUUGCGGCUUCAGUAUUUUGCAUGGAGUAUCACAAAACACUUCGAAAGGCAAAAUUCCUCCUUAUUAACUGAAUUCACCAACUCGCUUCUGAUGCCGGAACCUGUGUAUUCGUUUGGGACUUAAAGACUCCGGUCUGGAUUCAAAAGGACGUUUGCACGCCCCAAGGUACGAUUUCACAGCAGUUAUUCAGAACCUCAAAAUAAAGCAUGUUCCUAAGUGCUCUGCUGGAUCAUGGCCUGUGUUGGGAAAAAGAGAAAAUCUAAAAUAAUUCGGAGACGGGACUUAGACCCCUAGGUCAUGGCUAAGAGAAGUAAAGAUAUUUGGAAUUAAUUCCCAUUUUCUCUCUUUAAAAAUGGCAUCAGUAUAGCACAGAUGUGUUCGAUAUGGAAACCUUUAAUCUGCUAAUUGGCCCAGCGUCUCUGAUGCUUUGAGUCCAUCUGUUGUGAUGAGAUCUGAUGAGUUUAGUGUGUGGUACCAAGAAAUACCCGACGUUCCGUUCUGUGCGGGUGAGACAGACGUUGUGAAAUAAAGGGCCACGUUCUGGAGACGCGCGUGCGGAGUAACUGCAUUGAUUUCAGCCCGGCCAUUGCCCACGUCUAACAGCUCCGAAGCUGAAGUUGUCCUGAAACUUUUACAUGGAAGUGUCAGCGAGGAGCUCGGAACACGACACACAAAAUAUAAAGCGGCCGAGAAAAACAAUAAAUAAAAUUUUUAAAGGAACAAAACAAAAUAAAUAAUAAUAAAAAAAAAGCUGCCUUUGCCGAAUGUGACUAUUAUGAUCAGCUUGUCUCUGGCCAUGUUUGCAUUGCUCCCAGCGCCAUACACGGGUUUUCACGCGGGAUAAGCUGGAGACAGGCUCUGCCGUUAAGUGUUGGCUCCAUUUGUCAGUGUUUCCCACAAAGGCUCGAUGCCGUUCCUGAGCGCGGUCAACAAGCAGCUUCGCGCUCGCGUUCGGUACCGCUCUCCGCCGGCACUGAGCACUGGUGGCUGCGGAUAGAGGCCUGAUGGGGGGGACGCGGCAGAAGUCAGCACCGCCAUCCUCAGCCGUGGGGACAAGGGUGCUCCAGCACCUCGGCUGUGCCAUUUUGUCCCCAUCACUGUUCUGUUCAGUGCCCGGCUGCCAAGAGGGGCCGGAGCCUGCCGUGGCCCCGCUGGUCUGGAUGGGGACCAGCGCUGGUGGGGCUGUUGGGGUGGUCGGAGCCACGCUGCCAGUGCAGCGCAGGAGGGGCCGGGGUCCCCUGCUGCCCCCAGCACGGUGUCAGACCAGCGGCUGUGGGUGUUCCUGUGCUCCAGCCGGCAGCUCCGGUCUGUGCCCCUCUCCGUGCCUCCGGAGACCGGGGCUGCCGGGGCGGGUGAGGGCAGAGAGCAGCCACUGCUGCCAGAGCCGGAGCAGCAGGUUCAGGUUCCCAGCUCCAGGGAUGAUGACCGGUGUCCUACAGCUCUGCCAGCAUCUCUCCGGGGGUGUCCCUCAGCUGGGCGGACAGUCCAAAAGCUGGACCCUCCCGGUGGCAGCUGGGUCCCUCCUGGUGGGACCAUCUCAGAGCUUCCCUCCACCCGCUGCACACACUCCACGGCCUUCCACGGGCCCGUCCCAAACACCGACGGGUUGGCGAGAAAGGGGAGCCAGGCCUCUGUAAACACCGCGAGGCGAAGCCUGCGUCUCUUCCACGAACACAUCGCAAACACUGCAGAUUUUAGAAGGAUUUGCAAAGAAUGAGGUGGAGCGGGAAGAGCUCCCAUAGCACCCAGGUGUUUUCAUCACAGCGGUUUUGGAAAGAUCUUCCAUACUCCACUGAUGGACAUCUGCACGCUGGCCAGGGAAAGGAGACCCCCGACCGGCAGAGCUGGUUUCGGAGAGGCAGGACACUGUCCUAGAACGAGACACAUCCGUGCGGAGGGCAGCAGAGCCUGUGGAGCAGGAGCCCUCGAGCAACAAAACCCAGUAGCCCAGCAUCAUUAGAAGCAGAUUGUCCCGGCAGAGCUGACCCUGCUGCCCGCAGGGACUGUCCCGUUCGACAGCAGCUACUUGGCCGCCGUGAGCCUCCACGCACCGGGACUGUCCCCAGCACGGCCGGGGCUCCCCCCCCAGCGGCCCCCACCCCUCCACCUCCAUGGGGCCGAGGAGAGGAAGGUGCCCGUGUACCCCCAUCAGUCACCUCUGGAGCCAGUUGCCCACCUCUCUCCUCCUCCCCACGCUCCCAGUUUAACAGCAUCCCAGACCAGAAGUGGUUGUGACUGCAAUGCCAACGGGUCUUCUCCCUUCUUUCUCUCUAAGUGAGCAUCAUACCGGUAUUAGAGGAGAAAUUAUUUUGUUCAAGUCAUUGUAUAAUAUUUAUGUUCGGAAAAAUGUAAAGCUGCUCACGAGUCUACUACUUUUUCUGUAUAAUAUCUUUCCUUUGAAAAUACUGUUGUAUGAAAAUGUGUGUAAAUAUAACCACCAUUUUGAGUGUCCUAAUCUCAAACGCGUUUCUCUGUUCUGCUUGCGGACGCCGAGGCGGCUCAAACUCAGUCAUCUCCGUGUGCUGUACGUUGCCCUCCUCCUUCACCAUGUCGCUCUGCAGGCGACGUUAUAUUAGUAUGUGUCAUUUGGUUUGCAGCAAAGCUUCGGAAUCGUAGAAUCACAGAACGGUUGGGUUGGAAGGGACCUUAAAGGCCAUCUCAUUCCACCCCCCUGCCCUGGGCAGGGACACCUCCCACCAGACCAGGUUGCUCCAAGCCCCGUCCAACCUGGCCUUGAACCCCUCCAGGGAUGGGGCAGCCACAGCUUCUCUGG